GCAUCCCUUUUCGGGCCGCGACGUGCCCAUCUCCAAUGGCUCUGGCUUCCUGGUGUCUCCGGAUGGGCUCAUUGUGACCAACGCGCAUGUGGUGGCGAACCGGCGGCGCGUGCGGGUGAAGCUGGCCAGCGGUGAGCAGUACGAUGCCGUGGUGCAGGACGUGGACCAGGUUGCGGACAUUGCUACCAUCAAGAUCAAGGCGAAGCACCCGCUGCCCACGCUGCCCCUCGGGCGCCCCUCUGAGGUGCGGCAGGGGUACAUCCAGACGGACGCUGCCAUCGAUUUUGGGAACUCCGGGGGCCCCCUCGUCAACUUGGACGGCGAAGUGAUUGGGGUGAACACCAUGAAGGUGACAUCAGGCAUCUCCUUUGCCAUCCCCUCUGACCGGCUGCGGAAGUUCCUGCAAAAGGAGGAGCACCGCAAAAGCUCUUGGUUUGGGAACACAGAGGCAAAGCGCCGCUACAUCGGGGUGAUGAUGCUGACUCUUACACCCAGCAUCCUGGCUGAGCUGAAGCUGCGUGACCCCAGCUUCCCCGAUGUCUCCUAUGGGGUCCUAAUCCACAAGGUGAUCAUUGGCUCUCCAGCCCAUCAGGCAGGGGUGAAGGCGGGGGACGUAGUGCUGGAGAUCAACGGGCAGGCGUCGCGCCGCGCCGAGGAUGUGUAUGAGGCGGUGCGGACACAGCAGAGCCUCACCCUGCUGCUGCGGCGCGGCCACGACACGCUGCUGCUGAGCGUCGUCCCCGAGGCCACUGAGUAG